CAUAUUGCAAAGAACUAUAACUAUGGCGCCCUUUAAGAAAACUUGCUUUCUCUUUGCCUUGUUUUUCUUUCUUUAUGCAAAUAGCAUUCUUUCCCAACAAAUCACUGGUAGCCCGUUUGGAUUCAUUCAAAACCUGCAAGGAUGCCACAAGGGUCAGAAUGUCAGCGGCCUGCACGAUCUCAAGAAAUACCUUGAGAAAUUCGGAUACUUGAACCAAAACCAUAGCAAUGAUGAUGAUGAGUUCGACGACCUUUUGGAGGCUGCAGUUAAAAAAUACCAGCGGAAUUAUCAUUUGAAUAUCACCGGAAGCCUGGAUUCUGACACGGUGAAUCAAAUGAUGAAACCCAGAUGCGGCGUUGCAGAUUUUGUGAAUGGCACAAAGCAGCGAAGCCACCACAAACACAGUCACAACACCAGAUUCCACACGGUUGGUCACUAUAAAUUCUUCCCCGGGUCAAGUCGAUGGCCCCAAUCCCAGCUCACUUAUCGCUUCGAUUCCAGCGUGCCAGUGCCCGCCUCGCUAAACUUGAACUCCGUCAUUCGACAAGCUUUCCAAAGAUGGGCUCAAGUCAGCCAUUUCACUUUCCAGGAAGUUCCUGCGAAUUCGAACGCGAAUAUUGUGAUUGGUUUCCACCGCGGUAGCCAUGGAGACGGUGCCCCAUUCGAUGGCCCUCGUGGGGUUUUAGCUCAUGCGAAUCCACCGACCGCAGGAAACUGCCACUUUGAUGCAGAAGAAACAUGGAGUAUUAAUCCUGGACAAACUGAGUUAGACUUGGAAUCGGUUGCCGUGCACGAAAUCGGACACUUGCUCGGGCUUGAUCAUGAGCCGGGGAAACCAGAGGCAAUUAUGUUUCCAACUUUUAGCUACGGGAGGAUUAAAAGAGACUUGAAUGCUGAUGAUAUUCAAGGCAUACAAGUGCUCUAUGGUUUGCAGUAACUUCAAUAUGUUCUCUCAAGCCUGUAUUUGAUCAAGCAAAUAAGUUUUCAGAAUAAAGCGCCUUUCGGUUUUGGUGAUAAUAAUAAAGUUCAGGCUUUGUCUUUGUAUGAGGGCUAUAUUUUCAGGAAAAUUUUUGAAGUUUUCACUAGAUUAAUUCUACAAUUCUACAGUUUAUUUAGCUAGUACAAUGCGUACCAAAUGCAAAAUAAUU